AUGCUGACUGUGUGUACCUCCCAGAAGCGGCAAGAGGAUGCCAGCUCGGGCCGCUUCACCAACGCCAACUUCCAGGAAGUUCCUUGUCACACAGCAGGCACAGCCAAGGAUGGGCCACCUACAGAGGGAAAGGGCACUGAAGGCAGAGGGAAGAAGGCAGGCAGCCAUGGCUCAGGGCAUAGGGGGCGCAAGGCCACCCCUGGCAAGCCCUCUCUCACUACAGGGGAUACAGCAACGCCCCCUACUGCUGCCACCCCUGCCAGCAGCUUGUUUCAGCCAGGUGUGCCCUCAGUGGGGAGCAGUGCAGGGGCUAAGGCCAGUACUGUUGUAGUCCCAUCCCCAGCCGAGUACCGCAGCAUCUCUGAGUCUGACCCACAAAAUGAGUCCUCAUACCCACAGCUGUCACUAACAUGGGGCUCCAAGGUGGGAGCUUUGGGUGGAGCCCCUGAGGUUGUGCCGCCCCUGAGUACCGUGAGCUCCCCAAUGUCCAUGCCACCUGGCUCUGCCUCCUCUGGGAGAAAGCCUUUUGAGAGCUGUUGGCCUGCGGCAUCGGCAAGGUAUAAGCGGGCAGCGAAGGGAGAGGAAGGCGCGAAGGUGAAGAAGAAGCGUGGGAAGUGGAGAAACCGCUAUGGACCGUGCUGGUCGCUUGAAACCCCCAGCAUCCAGGAGCUGUCCAAACACCCGCACCAGCCCCCCUCUGCUGCCCCCACCCCCAGCACCACCAGCAGUGAGGCAGCCAAGGAGGAAACCUCUCUCCCCAGGAAUGGGAACUUACACAGCCACAGUGUCAGCUCCUCCCCCAUUGGACCAGGUGCCUUCCCCAGCGAUGACGUCCAGGUGCCUGUGCCUGGCACAGUGGGCAACUCCAACACCGAGUUACCUCUACAGGAUCCAGCAGCCCUGCCUCUCACCGCCUCGCUGCCCCCACCCUCCCCCUUACCACUCAGCACCACCGGCAUACACUCCAAUUCUUUGCCCGGAUUCUCCUUUAACCUGGCCCCCUCCCACAUGCUGGGGAACCGCCUGAACCCCAACUCUGCUAUGACAGCUAUGUUUGUGCAGUCUGAGGGCUGCCCUGCAGACCCUGAGAUGGCAACCCCUGGACAAGGAGCUUCACUAAAGGUUAACCUAUCACCCUGCUCUUCAGCAAAGGGUUUGCAGAUCCGCUAUGACCCAUCUGGUCCAGCUCUCCCGAGUUUGACCACUAAUAGCACCAACAUGGCACCCUUCCCAGUGCCCACCAGCAUGGAGCAGCUGCUGGAGCGGCAGUGGAAUGAGGGCCAGCAGUUCCUGCUUCAACAGGGAACUUCAGGAGACUUGCUGGGCAUGCUGAUGUCUCUACACCAGCUGCAGGUGGAGAACAGGCAUCUGGAAGAGCAGAUAAAAACCCUGACAGUGCAGAAGGAGCGCUUGCAGCUGCUGAAUGCCCAGCUCUCUGUGCCUUUUACCCCUGCCAGGUCUGCCUAUACCAGCACUGGCUCCUCCUCCUCUUCACCCCGGUCACACCCACCCAACUCCCACACAGUGCUAGAUGUGCUAAACAACACUCAGCUGGGCAACAGCUUCUUCCCAGACUCCACCCUCUCUCUAUCCAUGCAGGACCUGUCCUCCGGUAACCACAGCAGCAGCUCCUCCCUGUCCACCCCGCCCUCACUAGGCUACACCUCUCCACAGCAUGGCCAGCUGCAGGUCAAUGGGAUGGUGGGAGGAGCUGUGCAGGCUGCACCCAUUCUGCAGGCCACACCAAACCUGCCGGGCAUCACAGGGAUGAUGGGAGUGAUCCCAGGGGACCAGCUGGCCAUGAAUGGCAUCGUGGGAGCUCUAAAUGGUGUGAUCCAGACCACUUCAAGCCUGCCACACCCCGCAGGCAUGUCGCUGACCACGCCCAGCUCUCUGAGCAACAGUUCUGCGGGCUUGGGACUGAUCUCAGAACAGCAGAGACAGAUUCUCCUGCAUCAGCACCAGUUCCAGCAGCUCUUCUCCUCUCCUCAGCCCAUCCCGGAACAGCAGGCUCUGCUCUACCAGCUCUCUUCUCCCCAGCUGCCCCUCAGCGGCUUGCUGCCUGCUGCUCAGAGCUCCAUGGCAGCAAACCCCUUCCUGGCCAUGCAGACAGACACUGCACAGAGCACAAGGCUGGUGGAGAAGGGGAGAGUAGUGUCCAGCCAGGAGAAGAGCUAACGUGGGUCUGCCUCUCUGAGGGCCAAUCCAGGAAAA